AUGAAAGCUCUACCAGAGGGUUUGUUUGUGGACACGGAAUUCCCAGCUGAACUCUCCAGUAUUUACAAGAAGAAAACCACAGAGAAACACAUCGUUUGGAAACGACCAGGGGAGAUAGUAGCUAAGCCAAGUUUAAUAUCAGAUGGUACCAGUCGUCAUGAUAUGAAACAAGGUGACCUGAACGACUGUUGGUUUCUGUCAACGUUGUCCGCCAUUGCUGAAAAACCUCAACUUAUGGCAAAGAUCAUCCCGGAUGACAAUACGUUCGGAACGAAACGUUAUGACGGGAAGUUCCACUGUAGAUUUUGGCAAUUUGGAAAUUGGGUAGACGUCUACAUAGAUGAUCUUCUACCCACAGUCAAUGGUGAAAUUCUUUUUGCCCAUUCAUCAGACCCUAGUGAAUUUUGGGUGUCAUUGGUGGAGAAAGCAUAUGCCAAGUUAAAUAAAUCAUACGAAGCCUUAGAAUAUGGUUUUGAAGCUGAUGCGUUCACAGAUCUAACGGGUGGUCUGGCUGAAUGGUAUAAUCCUAAAGAACUGAAGGAUCCCGAUUUCUAUCUGAUCCGCACAGCGUUUUUAUGUGGUGCUGUUAUAGGUUGCCUUAGUAUCGUAAGUACCACCUUUGAAGAACAGUCAGACCAGAAUAAAAAGGGGAUGAUAUCAAAUCACUCGUACGUCAUCACCGACAUAGAAGAAAUACCGUACCGUGAUAGGGCGGCGAAACUUGUACGAGUUCGAAACCCGUGGGGAGAAACAGAAUGGGAAGGUGCUUGGAGUGAUGGAUGUGACGAAUGGUUGAGAGUACCGGAACAUAUAAAAUUAGAACUGGAAGUGACGUCACAAGACGACGGGGAAUUCUGGAUGUCGUUUAGUGAUUUUAGAAAAGAGUUUUGUAACAUGAUUAUUUGUAAUUUAUCGCCUGAUUUUGACCACGAUGGGGUUAGCGAUAAGGCUGGUAAGUGUUAUCGAAGGUACAAUUAUUUACACAAAUAUAAGUCACUAUAG